AUGCCGACAACAGGGUGCGAGAGCGGCAGCGGCGGCGGCGGCGGAGAUUCAUCGACGACGCCGCUCCUGUCGCGCCACAGUCAUGCGUUCCUGCAGAAAAAGCUGCAGAAGGGCGCCAAGAAGGAAAGCGACGACAGGAAGCGGCACCAGCAGUUUGCCGCGGCCGCGAAACAGUCGCGCUCGCUGCAGUGCCUGACCACCUUUGACUGCCCCGUGUGUCGUCUGCGGAACAGCGUGAAGGUGGACCUCAACACGAAGGAGCGGCAGGCAGUUGUGCGCUGCACCUACUGCAUGUCGCUGCGUCCGCGUCCGCUGGACCUGCCGUACCCGUUUUCGACGUCGUUUGUGCCAAGGCUCGAGAAUCGCGCCGAUGUCUUCUUCAAGUUCAACGAGUUGUACCGCGGACUGGCGGUGAAGGACCACCACGACGCGGAAGCGCACCACGACGCGAAGGGUGGCGAAGUCUACGACGCCGACGGCGUGUUGGCGAUUUCUUCUAGCGCUCUGGCCGCGGGCGCCGCAGUGGUGCCGGUGACUGCCGAUGCGACGGCGUUGAAGGGGGAGGAAGCGGAAGCGGAGGAGGCAGGGGACGAAGAUGCGGAAGAAAAGGAUGAACUGGCGGGGGAAAAAAGAGCCGAGGAAUCUGUGGAGGACGUGAAUGCCUUUUUUGCCGAUAGUGAUGACGACUGA